UCGGACGGUCGGGAUCGAAUAACGGAACUCGGCACUUGCGCGCAUCCUCCGCUCCAUGCGAUCGAGACGUAGAAAUCAAUAGUGCCCCUGCGCCCCGUCGUCUCCGUACGCCCAUCAUUGGGGCCCACACAAUCGAACGCUAGUGUCCGUCCGAUGGGACCCAUCGCAAGAUUUGACCGCUCAUCUCUGCGCUUCGCUCAGAGAACGAACGACUCAGAUCGACUCCAAAUCACUCCCUGCACCGAGUCGAUCAAAUCAUCCGCAGACCACGCGAGGCAUUGAUCGGAUCGCAGAGGAGGGGUCUACGGAUUAUGUGGCGGACGGUGGCUAAGCGAAAAAGCACUUCAACUGGUUCAGGAAUGCGACGGAAAAGAAAACGGCCGUUAAGGAGGCUAUAAGUAGGCGGUGAGGACGGAGAGGGGCGCCUUUAAGUAUAGCUUGUGCUGCUAAUUUGGGCUGUAACGUGAAAACCGAAGACGGGGAGAGCAGAGUUUCCGUUUUGGGGCCACGUUCGAACCCGCGCCGAAUUCUCGUCGCGAUUUGGAUCCAAUCCGCCGACUUGAAGAGCCGCAUUCCACAGAUCCCCUCGGAUUUCCCCUUCCCCAAUUCUCGCCGCGUGUCCACCUCCUCCCCUCUUUCUAUCCCCCCAUUUUAGUUGGAGUUACAAGUUAGAGAGAGAGAGAGAGAGAGAGAGAGAGCGGGGGGGGGAGAGGGUUAUUAUUUAUAAGCGAGGUUAGGGUUCCGUCCCCGUCCAUCCCAUUCUGGUGAGUUCUUGGAGAGAGGAAGCGAAGAUCAAAGAGGUACUUUGUGCAAGAAUUUCGAUAUCCAAAUGGAGGAAUAGUUGAGCGUGGGAAAACCAAAUCUCGUGUCGGCGUGGAGCCGCGCUGAAGGAUAUGGUAUUGAAGUUCUCCGGAUCGCACCGCCAAUGCAAAGGCGGCACGGCCGGGAGCUCGUCGUUCCGCUCCAAGAGCUUCCACAACCAGCGCCGCAUCCACCGCAGCGGCUCCUACCCGGGCACCGACGAGGACGAGGGAGCCUUCUCCGACGCCGGAGGAGGGGGAGGGGGAGGGGGAGGGGGUGGGUACGCGUAUAGCUCUAGCUCGACGCCGGCGUGGGACUUCACAAACGUCGGCGGAAGCGGCGGCGGCCGAUGGGAGGAUUCGAGGUAUAGGACGCAGUGGGGCUCGGCUGCGGCCGCGGCGGAGGUGGUGGUGAUGGAGGAUGACGGAUUGCCGAAGGAGUGGACCGCCCAGGUAGAGCCCGGCGUCCAGAUCACCUUCGUCUCCCUCCCCGCCGGUGCCGGCAACGACCUCAAGCGUAUCCGAUUCAGCCGGGAGAUGUUCAACAAGUGGCAGGCGCAGAGGUGGUGGGGGGAGAACUACGACCGCAUCAUGGAGCUCUACAACGUCCAGAGGUUCAGCCGCCAGGCUCUCCCAACUCCGCCCCGCUCCGACGACGGCGACAGGGAAUCGUUCUACUCUCGGGUGGGCUCUACCAGAGGCAGCCCCGGGAUGCCGACGCCUCCUCAUCCUCUGCCUUCUGCAGGCAAAGAGCGGAUGGUCUCUCGGAGCGCACACAGACAUCCGCAGCCGCAGCCGCAGCCGCAGCCGCAGCCGCCAACUGCUUACGGCAAAGCAGCGUACUACUAUCCGUCGACAGUGCCGGAUCCUUCUGAUCACAUCUUCCCUCCUUUCCUCAACACCCUCCAUGCUGGCAUCGGUAUUGGAGGAGGCGCCUCCGCCGCAGGCACUUCAGGUGUGAAGGUCGAGACGUCGUCGGUGGAUGCUUCGAGAACCACCACGUCGUCUAGAGACGAAGCCUCGAUCUCCAUCAGCAACGCGAGCGAGCUGGAGGCGACAGAGUGGGUCGAGCAAGACGAGCCCGGCGUGUACAUCACCAUCAGGGAGUUGGCCGACGGCACUCGGGAGCUCCGUCGGGUCCGAUUCAGCCGGGAGAGGUUCGGAGAGAUGCAUGCCAAGGUGUGGUGGGAGGAGAACAGAGAGAGAAUUCAGGCUCAGUACCUUUAGAAACAACAAAGCCCCCAUCCUCGAGUCAGUAUUUAACAUACCAUUCGAGACUAACCUUUUCUCUAGGAGCAAGAUCACCAACAGUCAUAAAGGAAAUUGACAGAUAGAUACCAAAAAACCCACCAAGAAAGAAAAAAAACACAAGUCAGUAGAAAGCAGGAAGAGAUAUUUUUGCCUCCCCUACCUCCCCACCCCACCCCCUCUUGCAUUUAGGAGCAUAUAGAUGGAUGGAUGUUCUUUCCUUUUCCUUACUAGAGACAAGCGAGGAGCUCUGCUCGCUUUGUAAUA